GCUGAACACUGAGAAGUUUCUCUGUGACUGAAGACCAGUUUUCCCUAGAGUCUGGUUGUAUUUUCCUGAAUCUAAAUAAAAGAAGAAUGUCUUCACUGAAGAAGCUUCCAUGUUCUAUGAGAUGUGGUACAGCACAUUUGGCCAGCAUCACAGCCAAGAUAUGUUCAGUGUCUAUCCAGAUUGAGGACAUCAAAUCCCAUGGGAACCAUGCUUCCUUACCAGUCCUUCAUCAACAUCUCAUUCUUCCAACCACAGUCUUUCCUGAUGACUGGCAUCCCAGGCCUAGAGGCCGUCCAUGGCUGGAUCUCCAUCCCCUUCUUCUCCAUGUAUACUGUGGCACUCACCGGAAAUUGCCUCAUCUUCCUGGCUGUGAAGAGGACCCAUAGCCUACACCAGCCCAUGUACUACUUCCUGUCAAUGCUGGCCCUAAGUGAUGUGGGCCUCUGCUUGUCCACACUGCCUUCCACUCUGGCUGUGCUCUGGUUUGACUAUCGCUUCAUUGGCUUCCAUGCCUGUCUGAUCCAGAUGUUCUUUCUGCAUUUCUUCUCUGUGGUAGAAUCUUCAGUACUCUUGGCCAUGUCAUUUGACCGCUUUGUGGCCAUCUCCAACCCAUUGCGCUAUGCAUCUGUCCUCACUAAUAAUGUCAUCAUCAGGAUUGGUGUGGCCAUUACAACCCGAGCCACUCUGUCUCUCUUACCAUUGCCUUUCUUGUUGAAGAGACUGAACUAUUGCCCUGGCAAGGUCAUCCUGUCUCACUCAUUCUGUUUCCAUGCUGAUGUCAUGAAGCUGGCCUGUGCUGACAUUACUGUCAACAUCCUAUACGGACUCUAUGUAGUGUUGUCCACAGUGGGUGUAGACUCCUUGCUUAUUGUUGUGUCCUAUUCCUUGAUUCUUCACACAGUGAUGGGGCUAGCCUCUCCCAGGGAGCGUGUCCGGACUCUCAACACAUGUGUUUCCCAUAUCUUGGCUGUCCUAGUCUUCUACAUUCCAGUCAUAGGUGUGUCCAUGAUCCAUCGUUUUGGUAAGCAUCUGCCCCACAUUGUUCAUGCCCUUGUUGCAUAUGUGUACCUUGUGGUGCCUCCUGUGCUCAACCCCAUCAUCUACAGUGUCAAGUCUAAGCCCAUCAGGGGAGCAAUGUUCAGAGUAUUAAAUAGUCUAGCCAUAGAUAACACUAGAAAUCUCUAG